AUGUCAGGCCCCAAGAUUGCCUGCAUAUGCGUGAUUGGAAAGACUGACAAUCCUCUCCAUAUCUCAAUGUUCCCACCGUACCAAGACUCCAUUGUAAAUUUCUCGUUCUCCUUGAAUGCAUGCCUUGAUAUCUUUGAGAUACGUCAGAAAAAGACUCCAGUCGGCCAGGAUCUGGGCCUCUUGCAUGCGAUCGAUGAGCGAUUAGCCGCGUAUGGCUGGUUGACUACCACUGGGGUGAAGUUCUUGAUCAUGGUGGAUACAUUAGGACAACCAACAGGUGUUGGGGCCGAAAGUUUGGGCGCUUUCCGAGCGCUGCAAACUGCAUAUGUUCAACUGCUACAAAACCCGUUUUACUUUCCGGACGAUUAUACGCCUACUUCGAAGACCGCAGCAUCAAGUUCGAAUGCAUCGCAAAUCGUCGACCAAAAGUUCAUUGCGGCAGUCAAGCGCAUCGGCGAUACCUGGGCUCCGGGAAUGACUGGGUUCUGA